UGAUCAAAUUGGUUGAAGCCCAUGCUGCUGAGGAAGGCGUUACAGAUUUAGGAACCUAUUCCAAACGCAAUGGAGAAAUAAUUUUGGAUGCUGAUCUGCUCGCAGGAGUGGACCCAGAUGAACUGUGGGACGAAGAUUAUGUACCUGCAGAUAUUGUGAUUCCACCGGUCAAUGACAUGAAUUUGCGCAAGAAUGAUGCAAUCACAGAUGAAGAACUUGAAGAACUAAUCGAGGAUGCAGCCGAAGAUAUACUGGAAUCUAGAAGAAUUGAUGAUAAGAGACAACAUGAAUAUGAUGAGGCAGAUAGAACUGUCGACCGCAUGCUGCAAAGAAUUAAAAGACGUCAAGAAGAAGACGAUGAAGACGAUAUGGAUUUCGUGCAGGAUCAGCAACCUGAAAGCGAUAUUGAAAUGGAUAUGGAUGAUGAAGAAUUAAAAGAUAUGAUUGAUGAAGUAGCCCAUGAGUUGGAUAGAUUGAGCCAACCCAUUGAAGAAGAAACAAUGUUCAGCGUUGAAGAUGAAGACGAUGACUAUGAGGGUGAAUAUGAUGCAGAAGAAAUAGAGGAACUGCAAGAAGCAGAAGACGAACCACAAGUAUAUCCUGACGAGGAAGAUGAUGUUUGUGCAGGAGUGAGGUUUGAAGAAGUCCCCGUGUUGAGUACAACAGAUGAUUCAAAUAAAGACAAAAAAAGGAGAACACAAAGUGGACGAUCAUUUUAUUCAAACGGAGUCAAGUAUCGACCCACAGAUAGGAAUCGAACUGACAGACCAAGAUAUGGACAAACAUAUUCACAACGAAAGAAGCCCAAGAUCAAUUUGUUAAAGAACAGGAGUGCCAUGAGAAAGAAGGCACGGUUGAAGAGAUUACGUAUCUCAUUAUACCAGGCUAUCGCGUCAAAGGUAAAAUCACAAAAGAAAGGAGAGUUUUGGGAUGACAACGUGUUGAACGCUGAAACAAGAAGAAAGAUUACGGAACGGGCGCAUAACUUAAUGUUCCAACAGAGUGGAACUGAGAAGAAAGCGACUUACAAUGUGGAUGAGUCGUUGGUGAUUUCACGCGUCAUGCAACAGAUUUGUGACGAAGUGUACACAAGGGAUGGAGUGUCAUUUAUUCAGCAGUAUUAUCUUAACAAAGGAUUGAAAAUUUUCAAAGAGCGAGGAAAAGAAGCUGCGCUCAAGGAACUUGAUCAACUGAUCAAACAAAGUUGUUGGACACCCAUCAGUAUUGGUGAACUGACUGAGUCCGAGAAGAGGAAAGCAGUCGAUGCAAUGAUGCUACUGGCAGAGAAAAACAGUGGUGAUAUCAAAGGUCGGUUUGUAUAUAAAGGAAAUGAAACAAGGGACUGGCUGUCACGGGAGGACACAGCUAGCCCGACCGCAUCGCAUGAAGGUAUCUGUUGUACAGGAGUGAUUGACGCGCACAAAGGUAGAUGCAUGAUGUCAAUGGACAUUCCGAAUGCAUUCAUUCAGACCUUGAUGCCAGAUUUAGGUGAUGGAGAAGAUCGGGUGAUCAUGAAGGUGACUGGACUGAUGGUCCGAUAUAUGAUCGAUUUGGACCCGACCUAUCGCGAUUAUGUUGUUUAUGAGAAUGGCAAGAGAGUGAUCUAUGUUGUGAUCCUUUGUGCCAUAUAUGGGAUGUUGCAGGCAUCGUUGCUAUGGUAUCGAAAUUUGAGAGCUUCUCUAGAGGAGUAUGGCUUUGUUUUUAAUCGAUAUGAUCCCUGCAUUGCCAACAG